UUUCCCUUGUCUUGAUUCAUCAGUAUUAAUUAUAUCAGUUGGUCAGUCAGGUUGGCACGUGCUCCUGGGGACUACCAUUCUCCCCUUCCUCCAAUGCCAUAAUUUCUCUUCUAUUUUCUGAAAAAAUGGUUUCAUUUACACCACCUUUGACCAUCUGCCUCCUACUUCUUCUCCAUUGUCCCUUUUUCCUACCCUUGUUUAAUUCUUUCUUCUUUGCUAUCCCUUCAAGUUAAGCUUUAGUAGUCCAACUUGUUUCCAUCAAGAACAGCAAGGGUAGUAAUGAGUAGAUAACAGGGCAGAAAUAGAGUUAGCUGCUGCAGGGGUUUCAAGAUUUCACCUUUCUUCAGUUUCUGGUUUUGAAAAAAAGCAAAGAAUGGUGAUGGAAGGUAUUCAAGAAGACAUGGGUGACGGUAACAUGAUAUGUACAAACCAUCCUUACAAGAACAACACCCCAGGUGGGAUCUGUGCUUUCUGCCUUCAAGAAAAGCUUGGAAAGCUUGUUUCUUCCUCUUUCCCUUCUGCCAUUUUCCCUUCUUCUUCCUCUUCUUCUACUCCCUCUUUUAGAUCUGAUUUUGGAGCCACUUCUUCCACUACUUCCUCAACUCUACCAUCACUCCAAGCAAACAACAACAACGUCCAAACAAACAACAUCCAAACAAAUGUUUGUCAUCACUAUGGGAAAAUGAGGAAAUCAAGAAUGCCUUUUCUGUUGAGUAGUCAUUAUAAGAAGAAGAAAGACAUUGCUACUAGUUCAAAUGCUGGCAUUGUUAUGAAGAGAAGCAAGUCCACAACAACCCCUAGAAAUCAUAAGCAUUUUAUGGAUACUGCUGAAGAAGAAGACUAUACCCCUCAUAGGAAAAGGUUCUGGUCAUUUCUCUAUUACUCAUCCUCUAAGCAGCCUUCUUCUACUUCCAAGAAAACUGAAAAAACCAUGAGCGUUGCUUCAUCAUCUUCAGUUGGUUCAUCUUCUAUGAGGUCAAGGGAGAAGAAGAAAGAAGAGUUUGUAGUGGUGGAGGAGAAUGAGAGUCCUGCAUUUGAUAGAAAGGUAUCUAGAUCCAGAUCUGUUGGCUGUGGAAGCAGAAGCUUUUCAGGUGAUUUCUUUGAGAGAAUUUCAACUGGUUUUGGUGAUUGUACUUUGAGAAGAGUUGAGUCUCAGAGAGAAGGCAAAUCUAAAGUUUCGUCUGUUCAUCAUCACAGAAACAGUGGUGCAGCAGCAGGCCAAGAUUGUAUUAAGGAAAGAGUCAGAUGUGGAGGACUAUUCAGUGGUUUUAUGAUAACUUCUUCUUCAUCUUCCUCAUCAUCUUCAUCUCAUUGGGUUUCAUCUGAGGAAAAUAUGAAUGGAAAAUCCAGCAUAGCUCCUGCAUCUGUGGGACACCAGCUUGUACAUGGAAGGAGCAAGAGUUGGGGAUGGGCGUUUGCAAGUCCAAUGAGAGCAUUAAGUAAAACAACAUCAACUGGUAAAAGAACUGCCUCAAAUAAGAAUGCUACUCCUAAUUUGGCAGCUAUUCCUUCUUUGCUGACUGCCAUAGGCUAAAAAAAGGCUCUCUUUUCCUCAAUUCUACUUUAAUCUAUUCAAGUCUAAUUAUCUACUGAUACUACUAUAGAAUUUUAAAUUGCUCUUGUUUGAAAACUCUUUUUGUUUGUCAAGUGUGAUCCAUGCUUAUCUCUUUUGGUGGCUGCUUUUUCUCCUGCUAUUGAGGUUGAUGUUAUUUUUUUUAUUAAUGAUUGUGGUGUCAACUGUUUUGCUUUUGAUGUAGCUUUUAUGGGCAGUGGAGUAAAUAGGAAACCACUUCUUUAAGCCUAAUGUAUAAUUGAAAUAAUUGGUUGAAUGCAAAUGCAUGUAGUUUUUUUUCAAGAGGUGAAGUGGUUGUAACUCACAAAUGAUGAGUGUGUACUUUCUUUGCUCUAUUAUUGAGACAAUAUUUUCAAGGGGUGGUCCAGUCCAAUCCAAUCAUGUACUACAUGUUUGUCGUUCAUGGCAAAUUGCUUAUAGGAAACUUUAUGAAUGGAAUAAACUGUUACUGUAUUGUUGUUGUUGCUA